AUGGCGAAACUCAAGGCACAUGAAGAACUCUCCACUAAUGCGAAUACUAUCAAAGCUCGCAACUGCGUCUCCAACCUUACUGAAGAUGAGAAGGCUGUUCACUUAGCACUCAAGGCUGACCAUGCUGAUCUGAGCUACUACUUAAAGAAGUUAUAUAAGUCUGCAAAGUACAAGACACGUCUACAGAAUGAAUUGAAGGUUGAGCGUAUUUGUGUUCGGACUGAGAAGGGUACCCAUGCAUCUUGCAUUGCGAAUCAGAAAGUCAAGAAUAUUAGCGCCUCUUCUUCUCCACAAGCCCCACCAUCUACUCCGCCCAAACAACUUCUGUCUGAGCUUGCUGCAUUUGAGGCGCGAGAUAUUUUAAAUGACGAGGCUGUUCUACCAGAUGAGCUUUCCGAUGAAGAGAUCACUAGCACCCAGGCUCUCUUAACUCAAGCGCACAUUGAUGCCCAUGAAGAGUCCAAUUUCCGCAAGUGGCAACAUUUCUGGGAUAGCUGUAUCCACUCAUAUACGAGAAAGGCUGGAAAGCUGAGAAAGAAGCCUGAGCGUCUCUUUGAGUAUAUGCCGUGGAUUGAUGUAGAGGAAGGCUUCAAAGAGGCGUUCUUACUUGUCUACUCUAAGAAGUUUGAUAAGGAAAAGUGGGCUAAGGUAUCAGCUGCACAGGAUAUGUUGUUCCUGGAGCUAGAGUAG